CAGUAUGUGUUCUCUCUCUCUAACCUCUGAUAUUUCUAUAUUUUGCUGCUCUGUGUUUUCUAGUUUCUACGAUCAGGAUCCAACGGUCCACAAUGUACGGGGCUUCUUCUCCUUCUUCUCCGAGGUUUUAGAGCUCUAACGCCUCAGAUCCACGUUUUCGGUCUCUAGAUCUUCCUUCCUGGAUAACGUUUUCUGGCUCGAGAAGGUAUUAGUUGGUCUUUUGUACGGAUAUGGAAGCUAAGAACAGCUCAGUGACGGUUACGCUCAAUUAUGGCGCGUUGACGUGCGCCGCGGAAGUGCUCGCAACUAUGCUAGCUUCUGCUCUCGUCAAAGCCACGCUUUUGUCUCCGGAUCUAUAUGGGCUGCUAUUAACCAAAGAAGACGGUAAAGCCCAAAACCAGGACAAACAAUUUGAUGCCGAGGGAGAAGAUGGUAAUGAUGAUGAAGGAGACGACGAUGAUGAUGGAGAUGGUGGAUUUGGAGAGGGCGAAGAGGACUUGUCCUCUGAAGAUGGUGGCGGCUAUGGCAACAACUCCAACAAGAAGAGCAACUCAAAGAAAGCUCCCGAGGGUGGAGCUGGUGGCGGGGCGGCAGAAGAGAAUGGAGAAGAGGAGGAAGAUGAAGACGGUGAAGGUGACGGUGAUGACCAAGAUGAAGAUGAUGAUGAGGAUGACGAUGAUGACGACGAAGAAGAUGAAGGUGGCGAAGAAGAGGAAGAGGAGGGUGUUGAAGAAGAAGAGAAUGAAGAUGAAGAAGAUGAGGAAGAUGAGGAAGCCCUGCAGCCCCCAAAGAAAAGGAAGAAGUAAAUUUAGUCUUAGUUAAGCCUCCUAUCUGUAUUAUUGUGUACCAAUUUGGAUUCUAACUUCCAUGCUUUUUUCUUCCUUUUUUUUUUUUUGGUACUAAACUUCCACGUUUCAAUUUUUAGUUUAAAAGGAGGCUUUUUGUAGAUGUUUUAAACUCUUAAUUGAUAUCUGUGUUUCCCAUUGCGUAAUUAGAAUGCUACAUUAUUAUCGAGCGAGCAGUGCUUAAUUCAAUAGAGAAAAUCUAUAUGAUAUUUUA